AUGAACUUUGCAUUUGGAGGGACUGGAGUGUUUGAUACAUUCGUCAAUGCACCAAAUAUGGCUACCCAAAUUGACUUUUUCCAGCAGCUGCUUGAUGAAAAAGUUUACACCAAACAAGACCUUAGCUCUUCCGUUGCCCUGGUGUCCCUAGCAGGCAAUGACUACACUGCUUAUAUGCAAAGAAAUGGCAAUUUUCAGGAUAUGCCAGCCUUCACGGCAUCACUUGUCAAUCAGCUUUCUGCCAACCUGAAAAGAAUACAUGAUUUCGGAGUGCGAAAAAUAGCAGUAACAACACUGCAACCUCUUGGAUGCCUGCCGGUAUUGACAGCCUUCUCUUCAUAUCAACAAUGCAGUAAAAAUUGGAAUGCGGCCUCCAAAUUUCACAACCAGAAAUUGCAGCAAGCAAUAGAAAGGAUGAACAAUGAGAGCGGAAGACAGAUUUAUGAAACUCUGGAUCUCUAUAAUGCAUUCAUGUCCAAAUUGAAUAAUGGAGGAAACUUGAAGUCGAGGAGUUUUCUUACGCCAUGUUGUGUAGGUGUGGAAAGCAAUUACUCAUGUGGGAACAUUGACAAGAAUGGGGCAAAGAAGUAUGUGAUAUGUGAUCAGCCAGAGUUGUCCGUUUUCUGGGAUUUGGUCCAUCCUGCACAGAAUGGUUGGCAUCAAGUUUUUUUGUUUCUUAAUUCUUCUUCACUUCAUCAACUCUAUUAG